UCACUUUUUUCUUCUUCAGCUCCUCUGUCACUCCCAGAUCUCUCUCAUCCAUUCUUACCUUCUCUAUCUACAUGUGUACCUCUCUCUCUUCUGUUCAUCUCUUCAUCACAUUGUAGCUUUUUUCAUUCUUUCUCUCACAAUUUUGUUCCAAAUAUGUAUCCCAUAAAUUUUUUUACAGCAUUUUUUCAUCUGGGAUUUUGAUUUUUAGCUUAUAUAUAUAAGCUUGAAGCUCCACAUUACAGUUGAUAAAAAAAGUACUUUUUUCUCCUUUUAGCUUAUUUUUUCUGAAGGCCGGACUUUUGCAACUGGACCCAUGGAUAUCUCGACGGUUAUGAUGAUUUUAGCACUCGUUGCAGCUUAUUUGAUGUGGUUCAGAUCCACUACAAGAUCCAUGAAAGGGCCCAUGGGCCCAAGAAUGUGGCCCAUUUUGGGUAGCUUACCGGGCCUGAUCGCGAACAACAAUCGGAUGCAUGAAUGGAUAGCCGACAACCUCCGCACGUGCGGUGGCACGUACCAGACAUGCAUAUGUGCAAUUCCGUUUUUAGCCCGGAAGCAAGGGCUCGUGACCGUAACAUGCGAUCCAAAGAAUUUAGAGCACAUUUUGAAGGUGAAGUUUGAAAAUUAUCCCAAGGGACCUACUUGGCAAGCUGUGUUCCAUGAUCUACUAGGUCAGGGUAUCUUCAAUUCGGAUGGUGACACGUGGCUAUUCCAACGUAAGACGGCUGCAUUGGAAUUUACCACCCGGACCCUCCGACAAGCCAUGGCUCGGUGGGUGAGUCGAGCCAUUAAGCUGAGAUUCUGCCCAAUUUUACACACGGCCCAAGUUGAAGGAAAGGCGGUCGAUCUGCAAGACCUUUUGUUACGGCUAACGUUUGAUAACAUAUGUGGUUUAGCUUUUGGGAAGGAUCCACAUACUCUUUCUCCGGGCCUACCAGAGAACAACUUCGCUUCUUCUUUUGACAGAGCAACCGAAGCCACCCUUCAACGAUUCAUUUUGCCUGAAUUUGUAUGGAAAUUGAAGAGAUGUCUUCGGCUUGGAAUGGAAGUCAGCUUGAGCGGUAGCCUAAAACACGUGGACGAUUACAUGACCAAUGUCAUCAAUACACGUAAGCUCGAGUUGGUGAGCCAGCAAAAAGGUGGGGCCCAACAUGAUGAUUUAUUAUCAAGAUUCAUGAAGAAAAAAGAGACCUACACUGAUAAGUUCCUCCAACAAGUUGCACUCAAUUUUAUCCUCGCCGGACGUGACACGUCAUCGGUGGCGCUCAGUUGGUUCUUUUGGUUGGUAAGCCUAAACCCUAGAGUGGAGGAAAAAAUCUUGAUUGAGAUUUGUACUGUUUUAAAGGAGAUUCGCGGUAAAGACACUACAAAAUGGGUCGAUGACCCCCUAGUGUUUGAAGAAGUAGAUCGAUUGAUAUACCUUAAAGCAGCACUGUCGGAAACACUUAGGCUAUAUCCAUCGGUUCCAGAGGACUCCAAACAUGUCAUCUCUGACGACACAUUGCCGGACGGCACCUUUGUUCCUGCCGGUUCGAAUAUCACUUAUUCGAUAUACUCAACGGGUCGAAUGAAAUUUAUUUGGGGGGAUGAUUGCCUAGAAUUCAAGCCAGAAAGGUGGUUGUCACAAGAUGGCAAGAAAUUUGAGGCCAAGGAUCAAUUCCAAUUUGUUGCAUUCAAUGCUGGCCCUAGAAUAUGUUUGGGGAAGGACUUGGCUUACUUGCAAAUGAAGUCGAUUGCAGCAGCUGUGUUGCUCCGCCACAGUCUCAAGGUGGCGCCGGGACACAGGGUGGAGCAAAAAAUGUCAUUGACAUUGUUCAUGAAGGAUGGUCUGAAGGUCAAUGUGCAUCCAAGGGAUUUGACUCCCAUACUGGCUAAAAUUGGCAAAGAGGGUGAAUUGAUACAAUCGUGAGACUGCCUGUUGAACGUCCGAUGGCACCUUGCUCCGACCUGAGCUAUGCAACAACGAGAUCCCCCUUGAUUUAGAUAUAGCCCUUGUUUGAGCCACAUUCUUGCUGAAAAAUGUAUUUUUGAAUAGUU